UGCACAUGCGCUUUGGUGUGUUGUCAAGAACGCUAGUUAGCAACCAAGAAAAUUUUGAAUAUGGCUACUUCAGCACUUGCAGAAAUGUUGAUAUUUGUAUCACAAUCUAACAAUGAUUGGUAGACUAUACAUGUUUUUACAUAAUUAGGCAUCAUGAGUGCUCCAAACUCUCAGCGAGACUCCCAACGAGACUCUCAGCGAGACUCUCAGCGGGAUUCAUCUAGAUCUUCUAGAAAACAUUCAAAAAAAGGAUCAGGCAGAAGAAAAAGUGUGUUAAGAAAAUCAGCAAGAGACAGGGAUUCAGUGACCAGUGGUGAAGUCUCAUCAGAAGGACUUGACUUAAACUUACCAGAGGAUGGAGAAAGACUUGAUGAGGCAGGAGCUGAGGGUGAUCAUGAAUCUGUCAGGUCUGAGGAGCCCCCCAUUCCUGAUGAACAGCCUGAGACAGAUGUGAUUGAUAUGAUUAAAAAAAGAAUUGCACUCUCUGGUCAAAAUGAAAUACAAUACACCGAGGAAGAUGAUGAAAUCAUUAAUAAGUUUAUAAGUGAUAAAAUGAUACGCCUCCUUGUAGCCUUCAAAGACAAAGUUCGAGGCUUAGUUGUUGAUUGGAAUAUACCAUUCUACCCUGUACAGCAAAUAUGCUAUUUCAUAAAAGGGGCCAAAGCUCCAGAAAUCACUAGUCAAAACUUUCUUAAGGUGGUGCAAUAUGGCUCUGUCAAGGGAAAUCACAUUGAAAGCCUGUUGAGAAUCAUGAUGGGCAUCUAUGCACCAAUAUUUUUUGAGAACCGUUCAUGGCCAGACAGUAUCAAGAAUGAUUUCUCUGCUCAGCUGCACAGAUUCCUAGCCACACUGACUGAUACCCGCUGGAAACUAGAGGGUAAAACUGUCUUAUAUAUUACAACUGAAGGCAUGAAGUUAUCUGUGGAGGAAGCAGCUAAAAACAAAGACCUUGUCCAACGUCUUGAAACCUCAAUGAUCCACUGGGCCAGGCAGAUCAAGGAGGUGCUAAGCACACAAGAUGCCUUUGAAAUGGCAGAGAACUCAGGUCCACUUGAUGAAAUUGAGUUUUGGAAGAAUCGCUGUGCUGACCUCUCAGGCAUCACAACCCAGUUGGACAAACCUGGGGUCAAAAAAAUUACACAAAUCUUGGAAUUGGCUAAAUCAUCCUAUGUAACACCAUUUUUAAAACUCUCAGGGCAAAUCAUUGAAGGAUCAAGGCAAGCAGAAAGCAAUCUCAAAUUUUUGAGUAUUUUGAAAGACCCAUGUUAUGAAUUAUCUGAAAUGAAGCCUAAAGAUAUUCCAAAACUUCUUCCAAAAAUAUUGAAUCUCAUCCGAAUGAUCUGGGUCAAUUCUGACUUCUACAAAUCCCGAGAGAGAUUAACAGGCAUAUUGAAAAAGAUGAGCAAUGAAAUAAUCCGGCGCUGUUCCGUAGAAAUAAAUUUGGACAAGAUAUUUGAUGGCUUUGUGGUGACUGGUAAACAAUCUUUGAAUGACUGUAUAACUUGUUGUGAGGAGUGGAAGGAUAUUUAUGACAAGAUUUCCAGGCUUCAUCAUAAGUAUUCAUCUGUGGGAUGGGUCUUAGACAGGAGUAGUAUCUUUGCUCAAAUUGAUGCAUUCAUACAGAGGUGUAAAGACAUGCUAGAGGUAUGUGAGGCCCAGUCUCAUUUCGCUCGACAAAUUGAUGGCACCAAAGCAGAAAUGCCUCACUUUCCUGGCCAGAAAGGCCCAGAGAUUGUUCGCAGCUUGCUAGAAGUGGAGUCCCAGUUUGAGAAGAUUCUUCAAAUGUUGAGAAGUCAAAAGAUGACAAUUUUGGAUGUGAAAGCCACUUCAUGGCAUGACAACUACAACAAAUUUCGUGCUGGUGUGAAAGAUCUAGAAGUCAUGAUGCAGAACACAAUAUCUUCAGCAUUUGACACAGUGAAGACAGUUGAAGGUGGUGUGGAAAUGUUGGACAUCUUCAUGCAUCUCUCCUCAAGAGAAGCUGUCAGACGAACCAUUGAUAAGAAGACUGUGGAAGUUUACAACUUAUUCAAUGAAGAGCUGAAUGCAGUGAAGAGAGAGCUGACCACCAAAGAACAUGACCUAACCCCAUCCCACCCCAAGUUUGCAGGUUCAGCUCACUGGGCCAGACUUUUGAAGAACAGAGUACAGAAGGGAAUGAAUGCAUUAGAUAGAGCACACUUCUUGCCUCAAAUCGGGUCAGGUGAAGAGGUUAGAAUCCAAUUUCGAGCUUUGGUGUCUGCACUAGAUGAGUACAUGAGAAAAACUUAUUAUGAGUGGACUCUGACAGUGGAUAAGGAGCCUCUGAAAUUGUUGGACACACCAUUAAUGUGCCGCAGUCAUGAGAGACCCCCAAUGCUAGACUUGAACUUCCACAAACAGUUGCUGAAGAUAUUCCAAGAGGUGUAUUACUGGGAGAGACUUGUAUUUGAAGUACCCCACUAUGUGGUAGAGGUGUACUCCAAGAAAGAUGAUCUGAGAUACUUAAGAGAAAAUGUGCUUCUGGUGAUCAGAGACUACAACAGAAUCCUUGCUGCCUUGUCACUGGAAGAAAGAGGUCUGUUUAGAGAGAGGAUCAGGUUCCUUGACAAACGCAUACAUCCUGGCUUGACAAAACUUACCUGGGCAUCCAAGGGUACAGUAGACUACUUUAUUCAUGAGUGCAGGACUCACUGUGAGUCAAUACAGACUGUUGUUGAUGGUUACAAGCAAGCCAAUCAGAACAUCUCUAUCAUGUGUGUCAAAAUAAGUGAACUUCUUUUAGUGAAGAUUGAUGCUCGAGUUGUUUACGAGAAUUUGCAGUUCAAUGAAGACCAGGCAAAACACAGAGAAACGAUCCAGAAGAAAAUGAGGGAAACCCAUGAAGCCAUUGUUUCUACUCUAAGACAAUCUUAUGAAGUGUACAAAAAUGAUGGAGCUGAAGUCCAGCAGCACUGGCUAAGGUACCUGGAGAAAAUGGACAAAAUGUUGGAAGAGGCUUUCAGACUAAACAUCAAGUGGUCACUUCAAGAGCUGUCCAAAGCUAUCAAUGGAGAUGGCAAGUCUGCUCCUAAUCCUUUGUUCAGAGUCAGGGUUGUCCUGGAGGGAGACAAGGUUGAAUUUUCACCAACACUAAUUCAACUAGCCACUAUAGUAGGAGACAUUGGAAAGAUUCAUCUCAUCAAAGCAAUUUCAGAUUUCAAACGUUUACCAGAAUUGUUAAGUAAAAAGAAGUCUGGCAAAGAUUCUAUCAGUGAAAUGGUAUCUAAGGAUGAAGAAAUCAAGAAAAUUCAGAAUGUUAUAAAUCUUGGCAUGCAAAGCAAUGCACAAAAUCUUCAAAAUUACCUCAGCACAUGGGAUUCGUAUAGAGAAAUCUGGGAGAUACAAAAAGAUGCUUUCAUUCGAAGAUAUCAAAAACUGAAUCCUCAAAACUCAUCUUUUGAUGCUGAUAUAGCCAGGUACAAUGAAGUAGCUAACAAUGUACAGACACAGGAAACUAUUCUUAACAUUCAAUUUGUGCUGCUAGACUGCUCUCCCUUGAAGUUCUCCAUCCUGGCCCACUGCCAAGAAUGGCAGAACAAGUUCACCACACUCCUGCGUGAGAUUGCCACUGCCUCUUUGAUUGAGCUCACCAAAUACUUGGAGGAAAACAGUGUGAAAGUGGCGCAACCUCCUCAAACAUUGGAUGAACUGGGAGAAAGUCUAAGUCUGUGGGACAAACUGAAUGCAGAGAUUCCUUCCUUAGAGCAGAAGUUUUCUCCCCUGAAUGAGCAGUUUGUUAUCCUGGAGAAGUAUGAAGUGAUUAUACCAACUAAUGUCCAACAAAUGCUGGUUAAUUUGCCUCAACUGUGGGACAGUUUCCAACAAAUUCUGUCUGAUUCAGAAGCUAUGUUGAAGAAACACAAGGAAAAAUUCAAAGUUAACCUUCUGCAACAAGCGGAAGACUUUAAGAAGCAAGCUGCAGAAUUGCUUAGAGACUUUGAGACCAAUGGUCCUUUCAGCUCUUUAGUGAAAACAGAUGAUGCCCUGGCAGCCAUAGAGCAGGUGAACAAACAAAUGGAUAUCCUGAAGGAGCAAGAACAGGUCAUUCGCAGAGGACUAAACAUAUUCAAGAUUGAGCAGCCCCCAUCUAAAGACAUUGCUUCUUUAGAGAAAGACUUGGAAAACAUCAAGGCAGUUUGGGAGCUCACCAAAGAAUGGGAGACCAACUGGGAGAUUUGGAAAAAUGGCAAAUUUUCUGACCUGGAAACCACGGAAAUGGAGACAGUAUCUGUGAACUUGUUUAAACAGUUGGCCAGAUUUAGCAGGGUGCUGAAAGAUAAAGAAUGGGAGAUUGUAGACUACAGCAAGAAUAAAGUGGAUCAGUUUAAGAGAACCAUGCCUCUCAUCACAGAUUUGAAAAAUAAAGCUAUGAGACCCAGACAUUGGCAACAAAUUCAGAAUGAAAUGAAUCGCAUUUUUGAUCCCAAUGCUGAUGAUUUUACAUUGGAAAAAAUUAUUGAGUUUGGCUUUGAUCAGUUUGCUGAGCAAAUCAAUGAAAUCUCUGGAGCUGCCACAAAAGAAUUAGCUAUAGAAUUGGGCUUAAUUGCUAUCAAAGAGACAUGGGAACAUAUGGAGCUGGAUAUGGCACCUUAUAAAGACAAAGGUCAUUUUAAACUUAGAUCCACUGAAGAGAUAUUCCAGUCUCUGGAAGACAACCAAGUGCAGCUGGCCACCAUGAAGGCUUCUCGUUUUGUCAAAGCUUUCGAUAAAGAAGUUGACUUUUGGGAGAGAACAUUGUCUCAUAUUAUGGAGACUAUUGAGAUGUUGAUGACUGUACAGCGCCAGUGGAUGUACCUUGAGAAUAUUUUCCUGGGUGAAGAUAUCAGGAAACAGUUGCCAAGAGAGUCAGCAGAGUUUGAUGCUAUCAACAAGACUUGGAAGGAGAUCAUGACUCGUUUGAACAGCACCAAGAAUGCACAGCGUGGAACUCAUCAUCCAGGCAUGUUGGACCAACUAAAUGAGAUGAAUGGAAAACUAGAAGAAAUCCAGAAAUCUCUGGACAUGUACCUAGAAACCAAAAGACAAAUCUUCCCCAGGUUUUACUUCCUAUCUAAUGAUGACCUCUUGGAAAUACUGGGUCAGUCUAAGAACCCUGAAGCCAUUCAACCUCACUUGAAGAAAUGUUUUGAUAACAUUAAGUUACUCAAGAUGAGUAAAGGUGGUGUGCAGCAGAAGUGGGAGGCUGCCGGUAUGUUUUCAUGUGAAGGAGAGUAUGUAGAGUUUGGACAUGCAGUUUACUUGGAGGGACCAGUAGAAGCCUGGCUGUGUGAUGUGGAGAAGACCAUGAGGUGGACACUCAAAGAAAUAUUGAGAAACUGUCGAACUGCCCUGAAGAAGAAUCUAAACAAAAGAGAUAAGUGGAUCAAAGACUGGCCUGGGCAGAUGUGUAUUACUGCUGGUCAGAUCCAGUGGACUCAGGAUGUUACUAAAGCUUUGGCCUUAACUAAAGAAAGAGGAGACAAGAGAGCUCUGAAGAGCAUGAAAAAGAAACAAGUUAUAAUGCUGAACAAAUUCUCUGAAGCUAUCAGAAGCAACUUGACCAAAAUGCAGAGAUCAAAGAUUGUUGCAGUGGUCACCAUUGAAGUUCAUGCCCGUGACAUUAUUGAAAAGUUGGCCAAGUCCAAUGUAAAUGAUGUCAAUUCAUUUGAAUGGUUGUCACAGCUCAGACUCUACUGGGACAAAGAAUAUGAUGAUUGUGUCAUCAAGCAAACCAACACUCAGUUCCAGUAUGGCUAUGAGUACUUGGGAAAUUCAGGCAGACUGGUGAUAACACCACUCACUGACAGAUGUUAUGUGACAUUAACCACUGCACUACACUUACACAGAGGUGGCAGCCCUAAAGGCCCUGCUGGCACUGGAAAGACAGAAACAGUAAAAGAUUUGGGCAAAGCUCUAGGGAUGUAUGUGAUUGUAGUCAACUGUUCUGAGGGCCUUGAUUAUAAGUCAAUGGGCAGAAUGUUCUCUGGUUUGGCUCAAACUGGAGCCUGGGGAUGUUUUGAUGAGUUCAACCGAAUCAACAUUGAAGUCUUGUCUGUGGUGGCUCAACAAAUUCUGUCUAUUCUGAGUGCUCUAGCAGCCAACUCAGAGAGAUUUGUAUUUGAAGGACGUGAUAUUGACUUGGUCUGGUCAUGUGGCAUUUUCAUAACCAUGAACCCUGGUUAUGCUGGGAGAACAGAACUUCCUGACAACUUGAAGUCGAUGUUCAGGCCAAUAGCCAUGGUGGUACCAGACUCUGCCCUUAUUGCAGAAAUAACUCUGUUUGCUGAAGGCUUUAAUAACACAAAGGUUCUGGCCAAGAAGACUUACACUCUAUACAACCUGGCAAUGCAGCAACUAAGUAAACAAGAUCACUAUGACUUUCAGCUCCGUGCCAUUGUGUCUCUUCUCAGAUAUUCUGGAAAGAAGAAGAGAGCCAACCCCAACCUGUCAGAUGAAGAAGUGCUAUUGUUAUCAAUGAAGGACAUGAAUCUUGCUAAACUGACAUCAAUUGAUUUGCCUUUGUUUAACGGAAUCAUGUCUGACCUGUUCCCUGGAAUAGAAACACCAACUGUUGACUACUCAAAGAUCAAAAAUGCCAUUGAAGAUGAAUUAAAAGAACAGAAGCUUCAAGUCAAUACCCACACAAUGCAGAAAGUAGUCCAACUGUAUGAGACAAAGUCUUCACGACACUCUGUCAUGAUAGUUGGAGGGACCCAGUCAGCCAAAACUGUCUCUUGGAAAGUCCUUCAGGCCACCAUGAUAAGACUCAACAAGUCUGGGGACCCAACAUUCCAACAAGUCAGGGAAUUCCCAUUAAAUCCUAAAGCAUUGUCAUUGGGGGAACUGUAUGGUGAAUUUGAUCUUAGCACCAAUGAAUGGACAGAUGGCAUUCUUUCAGCAGUCAUGAGACAGACCUGUGCAGAUGAGAAACCUGAUGAGAAAUGGAUUGUGUUUGAUGGCCCUGUUGACACCCUGUGGAUUGAGAGCAUGAAUUCAGUGAUGGACGAUAACAAAAUCCUCACCCUGAUCAAUGGUGAGCGUAUCUCUAUGCCAGACCAGGUAUCACUGCUUUUUGAGGUGGAGGAUCUGUCCGUGGCCUCCCCUGCCACUGUCUCUCGUGCUGGUAUGGUGUACUGUGACUAUAAAGAUUUGGGCUGGAUGCCAUAUGUUGACUCUUGGCUCAACAGAAAGACAAACAAGCUUUUGGCAGAGGAGCUGAAAAAAUGUUUUGAGAAGUAUGUGGUGAAGAUGCUGGAUUUCAAAGCACUGAACUGUAAAGAACUUGUUCCCAUUGCAGAAAUGAAUGGAGUUAUUUCUCUUUGUAGGCUCUUUGAUGCCCUUGGGACUGUAGAAAAUGGAAUUGAUCCUAGUGAUUCUGAAGGUUUCUCCAGAAUGGUUGAAAUUUGGUUCCAGUUCUGCUUAAUCUGGUCAAUCUGCAGCUCAGUAGAUGAAGAAGGCAGGAAGAAAAUUGACAACUAUGUGAGAGAGAUGGAAGGGACAUUUCCUAACAAGGACUCCAUCUAUGAAUAUUACGUAGAUGUCAAGAGUAAAACCUGGAUGCACUGGGAGGAGAAACUCAAAGAAGGCUGGAAAUACAAUGCUAACAUUCCAUUCUUCAAACUGAUUGUGCCAACUGUGGAUACAGUGCGAUACCAGUACAUCUGCAGUCAGCUGAUCAGCACUCAUUGUCCAGUUCUGCUUGUUGGUUCUGUUGGAACAGGAAAGACAUCUGUUAUUGAGUCCACUCUGUCCAGGUUUGACAAGCUGGAAUACAACAUGCUCACUGUCAACAUGUCAGCUCAGACAACCUCAAACCAAGUACAAAAUAUUAUUGAAUCACGUGUGGAGAAAAGAACCAAGGGAGUGUAUGUGCCAGUUGGUGGCAAAAAAAUGAUCACAUUCAUGGAUGAUCUAAACAUGCCAGCUAAGGAUACAUUUGGAUCUCAGCCUCCAUUGGAAUUGAUCAGACUAUGGUUGGACUAUGGGUUCUGGUAUGACAGAGAGAGACAGUCCAUCAAAUACAUCAGAGACAUGCUUCUGGUCUCAGCUAUGGGUCCACCUGGUGGUGGCAGGAUGGUUAUCUCUCGACGUCUGCAGAGUCGGUUCAACUUAAUCAAUAUGACAUUCCCCCAGGAGUCUCAAAUCAAAAGAAUCUUUGGCAGCAUGAUCAAUCAGAAACUACAAGAUUUUGAAGAGGAAGUUAAACCAAUUGGUGAUGUCAUGACACAGGCCACCAUUGAAAUGUACCAGGCUAUUGUUCAGAGGUUCCUACCAACACCCACUAGAAUCCACUAUCUGUUUAACCUCAGGGACAUUUCUAAGGUAUUCCAAGGUUUGCUUAGAGCUAACAAAAACUAUCAUGAUACAAAACAUGCUAUGACUCGUCUCUGGAUCCAUGAGUGCUUCAGAGUUUUCUCAGACCGUCUGAUUGACAGUAAAGAUACAACAGCAUUCAUUGAACUUUUAUCUGAGAAACUUGGAGUUUUAUUUGACCAGACCUUCCAUAACAUUUGUCAUAACAAGAUUCCACCAUUGUUUGGUGACUUCAUGCAUCCUGACAAUGUUUAUGAAGACAUCCAGGCAGCUGACAAACUAAAGAAGUUUAUGCAGGACCAAUUAAAUGAUUAUAACAAUACACCCAACACUGUGUCUAUGGACCUAGUCCUAUUCAGGGAUGCUAUUGAACAUAUAUCAAAAAUUGUGCGUGUCAUUAGGCAACCUCGAGGAAACAUGCUUCUAAUUGGCAUUGGGGGCAGUGGUCGACAAAGUUUGACCCGGCUGGCAUCAUUCUUGUGUGACUACUCAGUCUUCCAGAUUGAGGUGUCAAAGGUCUACCGCAAACAAGAGUUCAGAGAUGAUUUGAAGAAGUUGUAUUCCCUGGCUGGUGUUGCCAACAAGCCGACCGUGUUCCUUUUCAAUGAUAUCCAGGCUUGUAUGGAAGGAUUUUUUGAAGAUAUUAACAACAUUCUAAGCAGUGGUGAAGUUCCUAAUCUGUAUAAACCGGAAGAAUUUGAAGAGGUGAAAAAUGCACUAAUGGAUGCAGUGAAGAAAGAAGGAAUAGAGGAAACAAAUCAGAGCAUCUUUUCUUUCCUGAUUGACAGAGUCAGAGCCAACCUCCAUGUUGUAUUGUGCAUGAGCCCAGUUGGAGAGGCGUUUAGGAAUCGCAUUCGUAUGUUCCCAGCAUUUGUUAAUUGCACAACCAUUGAUUGGUUUAGUGAAUGGCCUUCUGAGGCACUCCUGGAAGUUGCUGACAAAUAUCUAUUUGACAUGGUGCUUGGCAAUGAUGAAGCUGACAAAGAAAGAUACAACCUGGAGAAAAACAAGCAUGCACUGGCUCAAAUGUUUACCAUCAUGCACAAGUCAGUGGGAGAAUACUCUCUGAAGAUGUUGGAGGAAAUGAAACGUUACAACUAUGUCACACCUACCAACUAUCUGGAACUUGUGGCUGGAUACAAAAGAUUGCUAGUUGAAAAAGCCAGUGAGCUGACAGAAGGGAGGGACAAGCUGCGCAAUGGUCUCAGUAAAAUUGAUGACACUCGUGAGAAGGUGGAGAAAAUGAAAGUGGAGCUAGAGGAUGCCAAGCUGAAAGUUGCUGCCUAUCAGAAACAGUGUGAUGAGUUUUUGAAAACUUUAGUUCAGCAGAAGAGAGAAGCUGAUGAGCAGCAAAAGUCUGUAGCACAAAAAAGUGAAAGAAUCAAGGAAGAAGAAGGUAAAUGUCAACAAAUGGCUGACCUUGCACAGGCUGACCUGAAUGAAGCUUUACCUGCCUUAGAAGAGGCAAACAAGGCUCUGGAGUCAUUGAAUAAAAAAGACAUGACAGAGAUCAAAUCGUAUGGUCGCCCUCCUGCACUGGUAGAAAAAGUCAUGGAGUCUGUAAUGAUUCUGAGAGGCAAUGAUCCAACUUGGGCAGAAGCCAAGAAACAACUUGGUGAUCAAAACUUCUUGAAGCAGUUGAUGAACUUUGAUAAAGAUAAUAUAACUGAUCGAGUGCUGAAAAAGAUUGGCCAGUAUGUGGUCCAGGCAGAUUUUCACCCAGAAAUCAUUGGUCGUGUAUCACUGGCUGCCAAGUCACUCUGCAUGUGGGUCAGGGCCAUGGAAAUGUAUGGUCGCAUAUACAGGGUGGUGGAGCCCAAAAGGCAGAGAUUAAAUGCGGCCAUGGCUGUCUUGAGAGAAAAGCAAGCAGCACUGGCUGAAGCCAAAGCUAAACUAGCUGAGGUGGAGGCCAAAAUGGCUGAAUUGAAAAUCUUGUAUGAUGAAAAAUUGGCCCAGAAGGAAGAGCUGAAGAGGAAAGCUGAGCACACAGAGUUAAUGUUGGACAGGGCUCAGAAACUUGUGUCGGGUUUGGCUGGGGAGCGUAUACGAUGGGAACAGACUGUCUCAGACUUGGAAGAACGCAUGGGACAUCUUGUUGGUGAUGUCCUGAUUGCUGCUGCAUUCAUGUCCUACAUGGGUCCCUUCCUGUCUACUUACAGAGAUGAAAUUGUCAACGUAAAGUGGAUGUCAGAAGUUAAGAGACUUGGUAUACCUGUGGCAGAACCUUUCAAUUUCUGCCAUUUCAUGGCUAAGCCUACACAAGUUCGAGACUGGAAUAUCCAGGGCCUGCCCAGUGAUGGUUUUUCUACAGAAAAUGGUGUCAUUGUGACAAGGGGUACAAGGUGGCCACUCAUGGUUGACCCACAAGGUCAGGCUAUUAAGUGGAUUAAAAACAUGGAACAUAGUCAGGGCUUAAAAGUAAUAGAUUUACAGAUGUCUGAUUACAUGCGCAUCUUGGAAACUGCCAUUCAGUAUGGAAUGCCAGUACUGCUACAAAAUGUUCAGGAGAAGCUUGACCCAUCUCUUGAUCCAGUCCUCAAUAAGUCACUAAUGAAAAUAGGUGGCGCAAACAUCAUGAAACUAGGAGACAAGGAAAUAGAAUACAAUGAGGCUUUCCGUUUCUACAUCACAACAAAGAUGAGUAAUCCCCACUACACACCAGAGACCUCUACUAAAGCAACAAUUGUAAACUUUGCAGUUAAAGAACAAGGUUUGGAGGCUCAGUUGCUAGGUAUAGUGGUUCGAAAAGAGAGACCAGAACUUGAGGAGCAGAAAGACAAUUUGGUCAGAAGUAUAGCAGCUGGCAAAAAGAAAUUAGUGGAGUGUGAAGAUGAAAUUCUCAGGUUACUAAAUGAGACCAAAGGCUCACUACUAGAUGAUGCUCAGCUAGUCAACACUCUACAGCUGUCUAAGACAACAUCCCAGGAAGUCACAGAAUCUGUAACUAUUGCUGAACAGACAGAAAUCAAAAUUGAUGCUGCUCGAGAAGGGUACAGGCCUUGUGCCCAGCGAGCAUCAACUCUGUUCUUUGUUCUGAAUGACAUGGGUCGAAUAGACCCCAUGUACCAAUUCUCACUGGACUCCUACAUUGAGCUCUUCAUAUUGUCCAUUGAGAAAUCACAGCGGUCUUCCAAGUUGGAUGAGAGAAUCUCAAACUUAAAUGAAUAUCAUACCUAUGCUGUGUACAGAUACACAUGCAGAGGUCUCUUUGAGAAACAUAAAUUACUUUUCUCAUUCCAAAUGUGUGCUAAAAUCUUGGAACAAGCAGGAAAACUUAAUAUGGAUGAAUAUAACUUUUUCCUUAGAGGAGGCAUUGUAUUAGACAGAGAAAAUCAGAUGGACAACCCUUGCACCAAUUGGUUGUCAGAUAACUCUUGGGAUAACAUAACAGAAUUGGACAAACUGACCAACUUCCAUGGUAUUAUCCAAUCCUUUGAGCAGUAUCCACGUGAUUGGAAUCUCUGGUACACAUCAGCUGAGCCUGAAACAACACCAUUGCCAGCUGAGUGGGAUAAUGCAUGUAAUGAGCUCCAGCGCAUGCUUAUUGUACGCUCCCUUCGUCCUGACAGAGUAUCCUUCUGUGCAACAUCAUUUAUCAUCAACAACUUGGGAUCCAAGUUCACAGAGCCUCCUGUCCUUGACAUGCAAGCUGUUGUUGAAGAUUCAACACCGAGGACACCAUUGAUAUUUGUACUUUCUCCAGGCGUGGAUCCUACAAGUGGUCUUCUUCAAUUGGCUGAAAGCAGUGGAAUGGUUUCCAGAUUCCAUGCUCUGUCACUAGGUCAAGGUCAAGCCCCAAUAGCAACAAGGAUGAUCAAGGAAGGAGUGAGAGAGGGAAAGUGGGUAUUCUUGGCAAACUGUCAUUUAUCAUUGAGUUGGAUGCCCCAAUUAGAUAAAUUGGUAGAGCAGCUUCAAGUUGAAGAGCCGCACCCGGACUUCCGCUUGUGGUUGUCCUCAUCCCCUCAUCCAGAGUUCCCAAUAUCAAUUCUACAGACGGGUAUCAAAAUGACAACUGAACCACCAAAAGGUUUGAAAGCCAAUAUGAAGCGUCUCUAUCAUUUGAUAACAGAUCAACAGUUCCUUCGCUGUCACAAGCAAGAAAAGUAUAAGAAGUUGUUAUUUACCCUUUGUUUCUUCCACUCUGUUUUGUUAGAAAGAAAGAAGUUCCUAAUGCUGGGCUGGAACAUUGCCUAUGAGUUCAAUGAUUCAGAUUUUGAGGUUUCUGAAAACUUGCUAUCCAUUUACCUUGAUGGCUAUGAUGAGACACCAUGGGAAGCUCUGAAGUACUUGAUUGCCAACAUCAACUAUGGGGGUCAUGUGACAGAUGACUGGGAUAGGAGGUUACUGAUGACUUACAUAGGGGACUACAUGAAUGAGAAUGUCUUGGCAGUACCAUUCAACAAACUGUCAUCCUUGCCAACUUAUUACAUUCCAAAAGAUGGUCCUCUCUCAUCAUAUAAAGAAUAUGUCAGUAUGUUGCCAAAUGUGGAUCAUCCAGAGGCCUUUGGUCAACAUCCCAACGCUGACAUUUCAUCACAGAUACAAGAGACCAGAUUGUUGUUUGAUACUCUACUGUCAUUACAGCCUCAAGUAUCCAGCUCAUCUGGAGAGAGUAGAGAAGAUAAGGUGUUAGACCUUGCAGCCAAUAUUUUCAAACAAAUACCAGAAAACAUGGAUUAUGAUGGUACAGCCAAGAUCCUGUCUGUUGAUCCAUCUCCAUUGAAUGUUGUUCUGUUACAAGAAAUUCAGCGCUACAACAUUCUACUGAAUGAAAUCCGCUCUUCACUCAUUGCACUGGAGAAAGGAAUCCAAGGUCUUAUUGUCAUGACUGUUGACCUGGAGACUGUUUUCAACUGUAUAUUUGAUGGUCGUGUGCCACCACUGUGGGAAAAGGCUUAUAACUCAAUGAAACCCUUGGCUUCAUGGACAAGAGAUCUAGUCAUGAGGGUAGACAUGUUUUCCAAGUGGGCCUCUUUGGCUAAACCACCAUGGGUCUUCUGGAUGUCAGCCUUCACAUUUCCUACAGGAUUUCUUACUGCUGUCUUACAAACUGCUGCAAGACAGAAUCAGCUUUCUGUUGAUUCAUUAUCCUGGGAGUUCAUUCCUCAGACAGUAGAUGAUAGUAACUUGACAGGACCAGCAAAGGAUGGAGUGUAUGUAAAAGGUCUGUUCUUACAAGGUGCUGGCUGGGACAAGAAAAAUGCUGUACUGGUUGAAGCUAACCCAAUGCAGCUGGUGUGCAGCAUGCCAACAAUUCAUUUCAAGCCUGUUGAGUUUAAGAAGAAAGGAAGCAAAGGCCCCAAGAAAAAGAAAGAGAGUAUGUACACUGCUCCUUGCUACUACUACCCUGACAGAGCUGGCAAGUCAGGAAGACCAAGUUUUGUUGUGGCUGUGGACCUCAAAGCUGGAGAGAAAACAAGUGACCAUUGGGUAAAACGAGGAUGUGCACUACUUAUGAGCUUGGACUCUUAAGACAUAUGCAUAGUCCAUUCAUAAAGUAUUAUUAGAAUCAUUCACUUUACAUUCUUUAAACACACACAUAGCAUUGUUUAAUUAAUUUUUUUGAAAUGCUGCCAACUCAAAAUAAUUUUUUUUUUAAAAAGGAACAUUAAUUAAUGAUUGUAUGAAGACAUUUAAUCUGUACAUGUGCAUAAUUUUAUAUUUUGCAAUUAUUUCAAGUAUACAAGUAUGAAAUGUUUGUAUAUGAUAUAUGUAAAUAACUGGAAACAAAGUUGUAAAGAAUAAGAUGUUUUAUGCAAUAUUGCUAUAAACAUGGGGGAGUCAUUUAUUUAUUUUUAGUUGUAAAUAAAAAUAUCUUUGAUUUGAAUAAAUAAUAUUAUUUUUUCUUUUUGAAUUGUUUCAAUUUAUAUUUAUGUAUGUUGACUUUGUCCAUUUAAAAUCUAUUAUUCCAAUUUAGAUACAAUUUUACUUGUGUCAUUUGUUUCAAAGUAUGUUUUUAACUGACUGUGAUGGACGUUUAAAUCUCUUUAAAAAAAUGCAACAUUUCAUGAUUUACAAUGUUUAUUUUGAAAUGAUUUUUUUAAUUAGGUACAUUUUUUUUAAACUAUCAAGUUUUUUAUUUAACAGACAUUGCUGAUCAAUAAGAAUCUAUUUAUAGGUUUGUUGUUGUUUUUCCUUACAACCAUAUUUAAUAAAGCUUUUUUUACAUGCUAUAUGUAUAUAUCUUUUUAAAAAUACUUUUGUAUAUAUUACAAGUGUAUAGAUCAUUUGGAUUGAAUGAAAAAAAAUGUUUAUUGACAUUUUUAGUGAGAUUUAUAAUUUGUUAUGAGAAUUUAAAACUUAAAAGUUUCUCAAUUGUUUGUUUGCUUGUUUUUUGCAAUGCUGAAUAUUAUAUAAUAAAGAAAAAUAUUUUAAAAUAUUGUUUUAAUGUCCAACUAUCUUAAUAUUAUAUUGUAAUCGUAAUGGUAGCUUACUUUGACUGGCAUAAAAAGAUAUAUUUUAAUAUAAAACUGGCUAGCUAAUUAGGGCACAUUGACAAAAAAAAUGUCAUUUUCAAUAAUGAAAGAAAUGAAACAUUUAUUUUUCAAAAGUUUGUCAAGACACAUAAUUCUUUUGCUUCUAGCCAGUCUUAUGCUUUUGGCUGUAGACUCUUCUGACAUAGAAAAGUAUUGUGCUGUUAUUGUCAGCUGCUCCCCACUUCUAUAUAAGCUGUUGUCUAAGAUGGAUUGUUGAAAUAAUAAAUUCUGUCUGAGAGAAUUUGGGGGAUUCAAGAAGUUUAUGUUUCACAGUUUCUGUAAGGGUAGGAGCAGUGUCUGCAGUAAGUUUUGUAAGGGUUAGAGUAGUGUCUGCAGUAAGUUUUGUAAGGGUAGGACCAGUGUCUGCAGUAAGUUUUGUAAGGGUAGGAGUAGUGUCUGCAGUAAGUUUUGUAAGGGUAGGAGCAGUGUCUGCAGUAAGUUUUGUAAGGGUAGGAGCAGUGUCUGCAGUAAGUUUUGUAAGGGUGGGAGUAGUGACUGCAGUAAGUUUUGUAAGGUAGGAGCAUUGUCUGCAGUAAGUUUUGUAAGGGUAGGAGCAGUGUCUGCAGUAAGUGUUGUAAGGGUAGGAGCAGUGUCUGCAGUAAGUUUUGUAAAAGUAGGAGUAGUGUCUGCAGUAAGUUUAGUAAGGGUAGGAGUAGUGUCUGCAGUAAGUUUAGUAAAAGU